AUGGACAGACACAAACAAGAAAAAGCACAAAAAACCACAACAUUUUUGAUACCUAAAGCAGAGAAGAAGCUAGUCAACAACUUUGUGAACUCAUUGACAGAAAAUAUAAAGCCAAUAAACGACAGCAUGUUCGAAGUGGUAGAACUAACAAGAUCAUGGGUGAUCAAUCUAAAGGAAAAAACAUGCAGUUGCAACCGAUUCCAAAUUGACGAAUUACCGUGUGCUCAAGCGCUUGCUGUGAUAAAAGAGAUAAACUUGAAUGUUUACAACUACUAUUCAAAAUAUUACACGAUAAGAACAUGGCUUGAAACAUACAUCAACUCAACAUAUCCGGUAGACAAUCACACAACAUGGGAUGUACCACAUAACAUAAAAGAUAUCCUUGUUCUGUCUCCAAACCAAAAAAUAAGAUCUGGAAGACCAAGGAAAAGAAGAUUUAUAGCUGAUUGGGAUACCAAACAACAGAAUAGGUGCAUCAAAUGUGGUCAACAUGGUCACAACCGAAAAACAUGCAACAAUCAAGCAAUAAAAUAG